AUGGACAACAUCGAACAAGACGCCAUGAAAGACAUGUCCGGCGGCGGCGGAGGAGGAGGAGAAGGAGGAAAUCAGCAGGGGGGAGGCCAGUCCAGUGGCAUGGACAAGACCAUCGAUCAGGGCGUGGACAAAGUAGCCAGCGAAGAAGGCGUGCCGGGCAUGGCGGACGGUGCCAUCAACAAGGAGGUGAACUCCGAGGUUGGGAAGUUCACCUGA